AUGUCCGGUCUUGGCGCGCAGAACUCCGACCCUCCGGAAAGCCGUGGUGGUGCGGGCCAGAGCGAGGACGGCAAUGGACACAUGGCCGCCAUGUCCUUCUAUGGGCGCGCUUGUACGAACUGCUACGCUGUGAAAUGCAGAUGCGACUUUCCGACUGAAGGUGGAAGUUGCCUGCGAUGCCGCCGCUUGAAUAAGGAAUGCCGGCCAACUGUGCCAGUCCGAAGGCGCCGUGUACAGAGAGAGUCGCGAUCUAGGACAGCCAGGCUUGAAAGGCAGUUGGGUGAGCUGAUGGCUUUGGUUGGUACUACCAACAGGACAGAUUCUGGGGAGAGCCCAGACCUUGCAACUUCUACCGCUGCUGCUUCCGUGUGUUCUCAAACUCGCAACUCCACACCCAUCUCUCACACGCCCGGCUCAGUCGGGAUACCAGAUGGCUCUGGUAUACAGCACCCAACCAAUUCUAUCCCUAGCAUUAGUGACGAUGACCAAGUUAUCUACCUCUCUGAUAAGGAAUGGGAAAAAAGCCUCACAUUCUUUCAGCUCUCUAUACUACACGGUUUUCCAUUCAUCUACAUAGCCCAGGGUGUUGACGCAGCACAAUUUCGUCGCCAAUACCCCAUGGUUAGCCUCUGCAUUACCUUCAUUGCAAGCUCAGACCUGCAGCGGAAGGUAGCUAUGGGCAGGAAUAUUUCCGAGACGCUCACGAAGAAGAUCAUCAUCCAGAGGCGUGCCAAUAUUGACCUUCUGCUGGCGUCCAUCUGUUUUACAGGAUGUGCUCUCUUCAUCUUGGUUGCUAAACAGGCAGCUAAUGACGGUGAUAGGAUCCACCAUAAUGGAAAACCAGAAAUGUUGACGGCCUGGGUACAGCUCACCCUAAUAGUCGUAUAUGAUAUGAAGCUCAAUGUGACUAAGCUGGACUCAAUGGUGCUUCGAAGGGCGCUUCUUGCCGCCUUUAUUCUGGCAUCUAUUGGAAAUCAGGAUGAGAGCAGUCUGCAAGCUUUGAAAUGGACUUCCGUAAUGAACGAGUCACUUGCUAUGCUCGCUGAUACACCGGAGUGCCCGGGAGACAGACUGCUGGCUGCACAAGUCCACUGCCACCUAAUUCUUCAAUAUUUACCACUGGGGGGCAGGUUUUUUGGACAGCCUAGCACUGAAGUUGAACAUAGCCCUGCCAGACAAAUGUACCAGCAAGAAGCAUCGUCACGUCUCCAAAAGGUCAAAACUGCGUUUCAGAUGGAGGCAGCUUGCAACCCCGUCGUGGCUAUGACCAUUCUUGCGACGGAGCAGGCCAUCUUCUUUACAGAUGUAAGCACUUUGGGCGACUACCAGCCACCCGAAGUUCAAACGCAUAUCAUCUCAAAUUUCCAUCGAAGCCUGUUGGCAGUUAGUGGAUGGUUUCGCACAUUUCUGCCGCUUGGUGCCCACGCCUUCACAACACUCCCAAUCGCAUCUUUUGUACAGCUCUCGUCAAAUGUUGAGACUCUGUUUUCCCUCACUACUUUUGAGAAUCCUUUGUGGGAUACAGAACUGGUUUCACAGACGGUUGAUGUGUUCGCUAUCAUGGACACGAUUGCUCACAUGCUCAAGUCAAUCCCUGGGAUCCUGGGACAAUGUGCUGUGCCGAAUGCAACACAUCCGGGAGAGAUGGAUGUGAUUAAUGUAGCAGUAGAGAACAUUAGAGGGCAGAAGAAGGGUUGGGAGUCCGUUGCAGCCGAGAAGCGAGCACUACGGACUUUACUUGACGAGGUAUGGGGCCACGAUUUGCCGUUCAAUGUUCUGGAUUUUGAAGGACUUCAACCAUUAGGCCCAGAGUCAAAAUAG